UCUAGCCCCCCACUCUCCGUCCGAGUCAGUCGGUUCUUCGAGAGUGUGUAUGUGUUUCUGGGUCUGUAUCUCGUGAGCUUGUUCUCGCUCGAUCCCUACGCCGCGGCGCAGAAUUCGCAGUUCAAUAUCCAUCGGAAGGGGAAUAGCUCGGGGUCUAGGUCGCGAUGGGGGCUUUUUGGGGGUGGUGGUGGUGGCGGUGGCGGUGGUGGUCCAGGGGGAGGCCCGAGGGGAUUUGGGCCGAGGAAGAUUGGUCGAGUGGAUGAUGUUCGUGGGCCGGAGUGUAAGAGCUGUGGAUAG